CACGGUGUCGGUGCCGAAGGAUCGUUGCGCGCAUGGCAAACAGCAAACAAUUGUCCGCAGAGGGGCUGCUCUCCCUCCCGGGGGAGCUGCUUUGCAGGGUCUUUGCCCCCCUCUCGCAAGAAAAUCUGAAGGCGCUGUCCCUGGUGAACAAAGCCAGCCUGCAGGCGGUCAAGUCAGCGUACCGAAAUGUGGUUGUCAGAGCAGGGCGGCUCAGAAGCGGAAAGAAAUGGAAUCAGAAGGUGCUGGAACGGGUAGCGGCCCGCUAUUCUGGGGCGCGACGCCUCAGUUUCACCACCCCUCAUGGGGAAGUAGACCUGGAGGCGCUCGCUGCACUCAUGCACAAAAUGCAAGGCUUGGAGGAUCUGGACGUGAGCAACCUGCGGGGGGUGCAUUACGGCAACCUGUUCAGUGAGGGAACUCCCCCCCCGUACAAGAGGCUCAAAAGCCUGACGAUUACGCAGCCUUUGUUGCCGUUUGAUGCGCCCUCGAGGGAUUCUGAAGGGGGGGAAGCAAUGGCCAAAAAGCUAGGGCUACAGGUGUUCUCCUUAGCGGAAGCGCUCCCGCAUCUCGAGUAUCUCAGUAUUGUGCGGCCUGGAGAACCUUCCUCUUAUGACGUUUUCUCAUGGUUUAAAAGAAAGUGUGAGCAUGGAGACGGGAGGGAUAGAGAUUCUGAGAAAGCCUUCUUCAUGGAGCUUCGCGGAUUCUCUCCCUUGAUGGACUUUGCGUCGGGGUCAGCAGUGUUCUCGCAUCUGAGGGAGAUUUAUCUUGAGCGGUGCAUCAUAGAUGACUUUGUGAGCCUAGCCCAAAAGUGCCCUUCUCUGGUCUCCCUGUCCCUGACGAACGUUCGCCACAAGAAGGAGGUCUACUUCUGCGACUGCGCAAUGCCCCAGUUGGAAAGGCUGAAGAUCAUCUCGUCCAGUCAACUUUCCGGUUGCCAAAAGCACGGAGCGAGCGAAGCCGGCUUGGAAGACUGCAUAGAGCAGCUUAGAAAGCUGCGUGUAGGGAUCGUGUCCAGUGCAACAUGGAGCAGUCAAACUCGCUUCUUGCAAACAUUCCUAGAAAUCCAGCAGAGCUGUCGAGAUCUGCAAAGGGUCGAGGUCGACUUUCUGUCUUCAGCCCCGUCUGAUUCGCUGCUGAGGGGAUUGGCAGACACGUUCUCAGGACUUGUUCCAUUCUUCUGUACGGUUCGGAGGAGGGAGGAGAGCAGCAUCCUUGCAAUAGGGCGGGGCAAGCCUGAGUGA